UUCUUAAAAAAACUCGUAUAAUUCUAUGCAUGUUUCAUGUUGCAUAAAAUAAGGAAUUUUACUGUCAAACGAAAUAAAUUAUACCAAGCACAACUUGGCGCCGAGGGCCUGGAAUGUGUUAGAUGAGAUUAAACAGGGUCAGGUCAAACAAAAUGGGUAAAUAUGAUGAUUAAAUAUUUCAUAUUGAUGACUUUUUUUCGCAACAUUGAUCAUGGUGAGGCAACGAGGCCAUGACAUUAUCAGAGGAAAGGUACCCUUUGUACGCACGAACGGUAAACUAUUAUGAAGAAGUACAGAAAUGCUAAACAAGGUGUUUAAACGGCCCUAGUAGGUGUGGGUUGGCAGGAUUACAUGUAGGUCGCAGUGAAUCAUACAGGAAUCAGGAUAUUUAGCGGUGAUUUUUCUGACCAAGCCACCGAUGAUUUAUUGGGUCACUCAUCAUUGCAACUAAAGGAAGAAAAGCCCAUUGGAAUAUUACAUUUUGUACCAGACAGAAAGGGAAUUCAGAAAAGAAGAAAUUUGAAUCUCUACAGACGUUUGAAGCUUAAACAAUUAUUUAAAGAAAAUAGUGAAUAUUGGUUACUAGUCCACAUUUGACAAAUGCAGAUGAAUUCUCCAAAAGCGUUUUGGAAGACUAUGUGAUUGACUGUACAUGGAUGGAAGUGCCAAUAGAGCCAGCCUUAGCCCAGGUGUGGUGUCCAGGGACUCUUGUUAUGAUUCUGACUGGUCUCCUCCUGGAAGCAGGCGGGGGAGCGUGGAGGGGGUCACCCCCAGUAGCAAAGGAAACAGAACUGUCGCAGCGGAUUUCCCCAGCACAGGGAAGGAUGUUGCCAGGUGUGGGGACCACAGGUGGUCAUCAGAUUUGCCCGAGUUGCAACACAGAGAGGCACCUGUCAUGGAUUUUGACUCCUCAUCCACUCUCUUAACCAAGCCUGCAGGAGCUGUUGGUGACAAUGUACAGGCACCGAACAGGUCACCCCCUUCUAGUCAAGACUAUAUGGGGAGACUGGAGUACGUGAUAAAACUGGGUUACACUGAGGACAAGAUGAGGACUGUGUUGAGCAGAGUUGGAAAUGAUGUAAGUAACGAUGUUCUCCUGUCAGAACUGAUAAAACUAGGAUCAUGUCAGGGUGUUCCAAAGGAUGAGGAGGAAGAGGAAGAAUACUUGGAUAGUUACCAGGAGUCUGACAGGUUGGACAGUGGACACUUACCUAGUAAAGAUGACCCCAAUGGAGGUUUGCCGCCUGGGCUUCUUAAUGAUCCAGACAACACUUCCAACCUUAGGCCCAUUGUGGUGGAUGGCAGCAAUGUUGCUAUGAGUCACGGCAACAAGGAAGUAUUUUCUUGUCGGGGAAUUCAGCUUGUGGUGGAUUGGUUUCAUGAAAGGGGGCAUCAGGAUAUUACUGUAUUUGUUCCACAGUGGAGGAAGGAAAGUUCUAGACAUAUGUCACCCAUAGAAGACCAGGAAAUAUUAAUACAGCUUGAAAAGGAAAAGGUGCUUGUUUUCACUCCUGCACGUAGGAUUCAAGGGAAAAGAGUGGUUUGUUAUGAUGACCGCUAUGUUAUCAAAUUGGCAGCAGAGACAGAUGCCAUUGUUGUUUCUAAUGACAACUACAGAGAUUUGCUGAAUGAGAACCCAGAAUUCAAAAAAGUGAUAGAGGAGAGGUUGCUGAUGUAUUCUUUUGUCAAUGACAGGUUUAUGCCACCAGAUGAUCCUCUAGGCCGUCAUGGACCUAGUCUGGAGAACUUCCUCUUAAAGGAACCCACACAACCAGAGCCACUGCCACCUCCAUGCCCUUAUGGAAAGCGGUGCACUUAUGGCAAUAAAUGCAAGUACUAUCACCCAGAAAGGGGCCUCCAGCCACAGAAAUCCGUGACAGAAAAACUAGCAGAGCAAGCCAAGGUCAAGUUUCAGGAAGUGAAAGACAGAAGUACAAAGAGCAAAGAACACCAGCAAGAUGUGCCUCCCAAGAGGCCUCCAAAACCAAAGACCAGUGCAUCACCAGGUGGCAGUAAGACACAGCUCCAGAGAACGAAGUCGCUCAGUGCUGAACAAGCUGCCCUCGCCACACAGAGUAAACCCCAGGAGUUAAACAGCCCUGUGCCUCCACCACGUCCACCAAAAUCGUACAAAGAAACACUCGAAGGAAAUGAAGAAGACAGACAUUUUAAAUCACCUUUUGAGGUGAAUGAUAGGCAAAUGAUUAGCCUGAAGAAAAAGGAAGACUAUAAUGAUCUGUUGGAUAAACAUCGGAGAAAGGUUGAAGAAGCUGAAGCUAUUGAAAGGGCUAAUCGAGAAAAGCAUAAGAUUACUUUAGACGAGCCUCCCAAGGCAGAAGAAACUACCUUUAAAGCACUUGCUCCAUAUGCGCACACAAGUCUGCAGCCAUCUCUGUCCGACCCACAUAGAUUGUUAGAUGAUGGUGGACAAGGACAUUUAAGUUUGGCCAAAAAACUCUCUGAUGAAGGAGACCAGAUGAGGAGGCUGAGAGCCAGGGGCCAAUCUCCUGGUCAGUCUCCACUUGUUGAUGAUGCAAGAAAUGCAUCUCCCCCUGUUCCACCGUCUCGACCCUCAAAAGCUUCUCCUGGUCAUAGGAAACUGGACCGACAAUAUUCUCUGGCAGGCGCAAAUGACCCAAGAGUGCAGCAGCAAAAUGUGACUUAUUUAUCGCAGCCGCUACAAAGCAGUUUGUACCAAGACAGGCCGCCUCAGAAUAUUCAUUAUAGCAUUGGUCCAGAUAAUACAGAUGAAUAUAGAAUACAAUCUCUGCCAGGCAUGUCUGUUUCUCACUUGUCAGCUGAAAUGGCUUUGCAGAUAAAUGAUAAUAUGAACAGUCGCUCUUUGUCUCGUAUGCCGAGUGCACCAGACACAAGUCCGAAUACACUAUCUACUGUGGCACAAUCACUGAAUCGGCAAAACAGUGCUUCAGACACACAACUCAACAGCCUUGUAGGCGAAGUGGACAAAAUCAAAUUGAAAACUAGAGGUACAAUGGAUUACCCAUAUAGGGAUCAAAAUGCUCAAGGUGUAUGGCCAGGGACGAAUAUGUAUGGUAAUCAGUUAAGACCAGGUAUACCACAGGCAGCCCAUCAAGGAUACCUGCCUCCACCUCCAUUGUCAGGAUAUCCCCAACAGGGACACCAUCCAGGAUUUACCCAGCAAGGACAACACAUGGGAUUUACCCAGCAAGGACAACAUCCGGGGUACCCUCAACAGGGCAGCCAGCAGCCAGGGUUUACUCAGCAAACCCAACAGCCAGGCUCCAUAUUAACUCAGUCAGGUUUUGUAGAUUCUCGGAUGUGUAUCCCCCCUCCCCAACCCAAUGAGCCAUGUAUGCCUCCCACAUACUACAGCUACCCUCCUCCCCCUCCUUCACAUUAUGCUGCUCCCUUGCAUCGUGUUGAGUCUUUCCCAGGUGCUGCUACUUCAUACCAGUACCACCCCCCUCCCCCUCUCCCCCCUCGCCAGCACAUACAACCCCAUGUCACCCUGUCCCCACCUGGGCGCCAAGAGGCUGGUCACAUCCCUAUCUCUCCCAGUGAUCCAAGGUUUACACUGUAUUUCCAUCUCUCUGGGCUGUUUCCGGCAGAGAAGGUGCUGGCAGUAAUGGAGCAAUUCCCUAUGGAGACAAAUGCACAAAAGUUGUGUGAACAUCUGGUGAAGAUGUAAAUGAAUUUUUUUUAAAUGGUGAUACCCCGGCUGCAUAUUUUUUGAUCUGUUUAAUGCAGUGCAUUUAGAACUUUUUCAAAAUUAAAAAAAAAAUGGGGAAUAAGUCUGUAUGCUGUUACUUACUGGUGCUUUUCCCCCCUAUAAACAGGGUUUGAUAAAAACCCGAAGCAUUAUUUCAUUUUGAUGAACAGAAAAGAUUUUGUAAUUGGUGGUGAAACUGACACCCCCCCC